UUUUCCACAACUCACCACCUGGUGUUCAUUUCUCCAAGUAGACGAUCAUUUUGAUCACGUGGUCGACCUAACUUUUAUUGAUAAUUAGCAGGCUUGCUUUGACUCCAAAAACAUAACCUUAAAGGAGUACACGUGUUCGUUAUCGUUACAUUAAAUAGCAUCAAAAUAAAUAAACAGUUUUUUGAAUAUUUUAUUAAAAAGAUAAAUUAUAAUGGCACCGCCUAUAAAAAAUACGUCAAAAAGAAAAUUAAAACCUUUAAAACAAAAAAUUGAGGAGCAAGAAGAUGCAAAGAAUACACAUAAUUCUUCUGAAGAGGAUUCAGGAGCUGAAGAUUUACUAAGUGCUGAAUUAAAUGAUUCCGCUGAUAGUUCUGAUGCAGAAUCAAAUGCAGAAGAACCAUCUAUUGAUUCUGGUGAGGAAGACGAUCAAGUAGUAUUUGGCUCUGAUGAUGAAAGUGAUGAUACCGAAGAUGAUGAUGAGGAUGAGGCAGAUGAAGAUGAAGAUGAUGAAGAAGAGGAUUCGAAUGAUAAUUUAACAGAAAGUGAAGCAGAAGAAGAAUUUGAUGAUGAAGAUGAAGAGGAAGAAGAAAUUAAAGAACAAAAAAAAAUGGUUAAAAAACCUUUCUUAACUUCAAAAAAUAGUAUAAGAAAAAACGAAAAAAAUUUAGAGAAAUUACCAGCUGAAAAUGACAGUGGAGAGAAGUCAGAACAAAAAGAAAGGAUAAUUAAAACGAUUAUCAAUAAUGAGUAUGAGUAUGACAGUUCUGACGAAGAGGACAUAAGGAAUACCGUAGGUAAUAUUCCAAUGAAAUGGUAUGAUGAAUAUCCUCACAUCGGUUAUGAUUGGGAAGGGAGAAAAAUAAUAAAACCUGAAAAAGGUGAUCAAUUAGAUAAUUUUCUGAAGAGAAUGGAAGAUCCAGAUUUCUGGAGAAGUGUUAAAGAUCCUCAAACUGGCCAAGAUGUUAUCUUGAGUGAAGAAGAUAUUGAAUUAAUUACUCGAAUUCAAAAACAAAAAAUUCCUGAUGCUCAGUUUGAUGAAUAUGCUCCAUGGGUGGACUGGUUCACAUCUCAAGUUGAAAAAAUGCCCUUGAGGAAGUUCCCAGAGCAUAAAAGAUCAUUCUUACCAUCUAAAGUUGAAGCUAGAAAGGUAUCUAAGUUAGUUCAUGCUUUGAAGAUGGGUUGGAUGAAAUCAACAGCAGAAAUGGAAAAAGAGCGAGAACAAAAGCAAAAAGAACCACAGUUUUACAUGCUCUGGCAAAGUGAUGAUCAACCAGAAGAAAUGAGGAGAAUCCAUAAACAUAUUUCAGCACCAAAAAGACAUUUACCUGGCCAUGCAGAAAGUUAUAAUCCACCUCCAGAGUUUUUAUUUGACAAGAAAGAACGUCGAGAGUGGAAUAAAUUAAAAGAAACACCUUGGAAAAGAAAAUUACACUUUAUUCCUGAAAAAUAUUCUUCCUUGCGAGAGGUUCCCGCUUAUCCUCGAUUUAUUAAAGAGCGGUUCCAACGAUGUUUGGAUCUUUAUCUGUGUCCGAGAGCUUUAAAAAUGAAGCUAAACAUUGAACCUUCAGCAUUAGUACCACAACUCCCAAGUCCACAGGACUUACAGCCAUUCCCUACAACAAUGUCUAUGGUAUUCAAAGGACAUACAGACAUGGUGAGAACAAUCACAGCUCAAAACAGAGGUCAAUAUAUUGCUUCUGGAGGUGAUGACAUGACGAUAAGAAUAUGGGAAGUUGCAACAGGCCGAUGUGUUAAAUCUAUACCUUGUGGAGGUAUUGUUAGAAGCAUUGCUUGGUCACCAAGUGAAUCUGUAUCUUUGAUAGCCGUAGCAGCUGAUAGAAAAAUUUUAUUGAUAAAUCCUGGUGUUGGAGAUCAUUUAGUAACGAGUAAAACAGACAAGCUUCUUGAAAUAAUUCCUGAAAGCGAUAAAGUAAUGCCUGAGAGAGUUGCUUCAGCUGUUCAGUGGGAACAGGCGGAAGGAGAAAAUUGGCAAAAAGGAAUAAGGAUUAUUAUUAACCAUUUUAAGACUGUCAAACAAGUUACAUGGCAUCCUAAAGGAGAUUACUUUGCAGCAGUGAUGCCUGAUGGACAAAACAGAUCGGUGAUUAUAAGUCAAUUGUCCAAAAGACGAUCACAGUUACCUUUCACCAGGUCUAAAGGACUUAUACAAUGUGUUUUAUUCCAUCCAAUCAGGCCUUUCUUAUUUGUUGCGACUCAACGAAAUGUUCGUAUAUACGAUUUAAUUAAACAAGAGAUGGUAAAAAAAUUGUUUUCCAACUCUCAGUGGGUUUCUAGUAUGGCAAUUCAUCCAGGUGGUGAUAAUCUUCUGGUAGGAACAUAUGACAGGAAAAUUUUAUGGUUCGAUCUGGAUUUAAGUACAAAACCAUAUCAGACGUUAAGGUUGCAUGGAACUGGCGUUCGAGGAGUAGCUUUUCAUAAACGUUAUCCACUCUUUGCAUCGGGAGCUGAUGAUUGUAGUCUUAUUGUAUCUCAUGGAAUGGUUUAUAACGAUUUGUUACAAAAUCCAUUAAUUGUUCCUCUUAAGAAGCUUAGCAAUCAUGAAAAAUCAAAUGAUUUUGGGAUACUAGACGUCAUGUUUCAUCCGAUACAACCGUGGGUUUUCUCAGCUGGGGCUGAUACUACAAUAAGAAUGUAUUCGUGAUUCUGAUAAAUAAUUAAUUCCUGUAAUAAUUAGUCUUAUCAUUGCACAUAUACUUGUUCAUAAAUAAUAAUCAAUUAAAUCAUUAAUGUAUGAGUUAAA